AUAGCAAUUCUCGCAAGUCAUCCCCAUCCCGGUGUCCGGUUGUUUGUCAAACGAACGAACUGUAUGAUUCAUUACCUUCCCAGUGCUUCGACAAGCGUCGUGCCGAGAGCAGGUUCAUCCCAGCAGCAACGUCUUGCCAUAGCCACCAGUCGUGUUCCGAGUGUUUCGAAGAGUCGCGGCCAAGUGAACGCAAAUGUCGAACGUGCAAGAAGUGCCCGCAGUGAUUGUUGACAAUGGUACCCACACGACGAAGGUCGGUCUAACGGAGGACGCCGAUCCAGAGGCCGUCUUUCGAACGUUGGUCGAUGUCGGUACCGAUGGGAGAUGUGUUGUUGUCCCGACCGCUCCAAGUACCGGUGGAAUCCAGCCAAUAGUGCGUGGCGUUCCCGUAGACCUGGAUGCCCUUGAGGUUGUUUGGGAGCACGCAUUCCGGCAAGUGCUGAAGGUCGAUCCACGGGAACAUAAGGUGCUGUUGACCGAAAGACCGCUAGCCACGUCCAGCGAAACCCGGGAAGCGAUUGUGCAGCGGAUGUUCGAGAAAUUUGAGGUACCGGCCACGUACCUGGCAAUGCAGGGUUUGAUGGCAUUGUACGCGGCCGGUCGGACCAGUGGUACGGUGCUCGAUAUUGGCGAAGGUCUUACAAGCGUCGUACCGAUCUAUCGUUACGCACCGCAGAAGGAAUCAAUCAUUAAUGUUCCGCUCGCCGGGUCCGACAUGGUCGACUAUCUCACCAGCACUCUCGCUAUCACUGACCGCGGGCUGGCACGGGAGAUAAUGGAAAAGGUUUGCAGCGUUAGUGGCGAUCUGGCGAAAGAGGCUUCAACGUUGAGCACCCUGGUGUACACGUCGGGAGCGACCGGUACGAGUGUCAACGUCGGAAAGGAACGGUUGCUGUGUGCUGAGGCGCUGUUCGGCAAUGGAUGUUCGACUAGCGAUAGCAGGAGAAGUGUGCAGCAGCUUGUGACCGAUGCAGUGAACGGUUGCCUUGGAAACACACGGAAGGAACUGUAUGCAAACGUCAUCCUAGCCGGUGGUUCAACGAUGUUUGCCGGGAUGGGUGAGCGGUUGCAGCGAGAGCUGGAGGCCCUGGUACCGACCGCAACAUACCGAGUGAAGGUGAUUGCACCGCAGAAUGCCUCGCUUACCAUCUGGACCGGUGCGUGUUUGGUCGCCCAGAGCCCGUUGUUCCAGCAGAUGUGGAUAACCAGACAGGAGUACGACGAGUUCGGUGCCUCGAUCGUGCACCGUAAAUGCACCUGAAGUUAUGCACCGCAACACAGCACCGACUUCGGGGGAUUUUAGGGUCGGUUUAAUGUCGUUUUAAGGUUGGUUAAAACCGAUUACUUUGGUGCCAAUAAUUGAAUUCUGUUCCUGUAAUAUGAUUGCUUAAUGCAAUGCCGCAGUUCCGCACGAAAUGCUUUACGAAAUGGAUGAAUCAA